AUGAAGAACUCUACAGUGAACUUCACCACAUCUGCAGCUUUAUUUGAGUCCAGUGACGUACUGCUGAGACUGCACAUGUCUGUGCACAGCAUCAAUGUUCUGUUCGGUCUUCCGACACACUCCUUUAUUUUAUGGCUCAUCAUCACAGACACGGGAAGUGGAAUUGCAUCAGACUUCUUCAAUCUUAAUCUCUCUGUUUGUGAGUUUGGCAUCUGUCUGAAUAGUGUGUUCACAUUAAUUUUUUAUUCUCUUCAGAUUUCAAGUCUCUCAGGAUUAAUACGCUUUUUAUUAGGACUGGGCAUCACCGGUCGUCCUCUGUUUCAGUGUCUGAUGUGUGUGGAGCGUUACCUGGCGGUGGUUCAUCCUGUAACCUUUCUGAAGUACAAACCCCUCAGAUACAGACUCAUGUGCUGCACUGCUGCUUGGAUCAUAAAUCUUGGCUCCUGUUUGUGCUUGUUUAUCUCAUCGAACUUUGUUUUGUUUAUAAAGUUUUACUCGAUUCAGUUCCUCGUCUUUCUCUCCAUCCUGUUGUUUUGUUGUCUGGCUGUUCUCAGAGCUCUGAAGCGGUCAGGACCAGGAGAGAGAGGGAGAGAGAGAGAGGAGGAAAACCACAUGAAGAAAAGAGCAUUUAAUCUCAUUCUCAUAACUACCGUGAACUUGGUUGUCAUUUAUCUCCCAUAUACAAUAUCUGGAUUCUAUUAUAUUCUGUCAAAACAGCAUAUUUUUGAACUUUACUCUUUUUCUUAUCUUUUGUUCGUUUUUGGUGGCUUUGUUCAGCCUGUUCUUUAUCUGCAUCGUGCUGGAAAACUCUCCUUCCCGUGUUCACCAUAA